GUACCGUUCAGGGGCUGGGGUACAGCAGCAUCUGUGGGCAGGAUGGUUCCCCUCAUGGCACCAUCAUCCCAGUGGCGACAGAUGGGGAGGUGCUGGGAGAGGAGGAGCUGGUGCUCUUCCGGGGGCCGUGCCUGGUGCCCAGCUGGGGCGAUGAUGAGGACAGGGCUCUGCCUGGUGACCUGCGGGCAUCAUCAGAGGGUGAUGGGUCCUCAGAGACCCACAAAUCAGGUUUAAACAGGGAGGUGCUGGGAGAGGAGGAGCUGGUGCUCUUCCGGGAGCCGUGCCUGGUGCCCAGCUGGGGCGAUGAUGAGGACAGGGCUCUGCCUGGUGACCUGCGGGGGGCUGGGGCCAUCAGCAUCAGCAAAGCCAUCAACAGCCAGGAGGCCCCCGUGAAGGAGAAGCAUGCCCGCCGCAUCAUUCUGGGCACUCACCACGAGAAGGGGGCCUUCACCUUCUGGUCCUACGCCAUCGGCCUGCCACUUCCCAGCAGUGCCAUCCUCAGCUGGAAGUUCUGCCAUGUCCUCCACAAGGUCCUACGGGACGGGCACCCCAAUGUGCUGCACGACUGCCAGCGGUACCGGAGCAACAUCCGCGAGAUCGGAGACCUGUGGGGGCAUUUGCACGACCGAUACGGACAGCUGGUGAAUGUUUACACUAAACUGCUGCUGACCAAGAUCUCCUUCCACCUCAAGCAUCUUCAGUUUCCUGCAGGCCUCGAGGUGACAGACGAGGUGUUGGAGAAAGCAGCUGGGACCGACGUCAACAACAUGUGAGUGGCUCUGCAUGGCGGGUGGCCCGGCAUCUACUUCCCUUCUUCCCUCAGCUUCCUUGUUUGUUCCUAAAGUAUUUCAUGCCCAGGAUCCCAUGUGGGGCAGUGGUGGUCAAAUGGCUUUCUCAGAUUGAAGGUCAUGUUCCUGGGAAAAGAAGCUAAAGGGAUGGGGUUUGCUUGGAAUCCAGGCAUUUGUGCCAGAAGGACUGCUGUCCUGUGCGAAGGUGCGUUGAUUUGCUGAACA